GAGAAGGGAGGGGUACACCGGAGCUGCCACUUCUCUGCCUUACACUCGCGCACAUCCCCACACACAGACUCGCACGGCACACAAAAACAGGACGCGUGGGGGAGAGUAGCAACUGGACGUGUAAUCAGCAGAAGGGAUAAAACAAAGGUAUAAAACGGCAAACAGCUUUCCUUUUUUAUUGGAACUAGCACGGUGUAUGCUGGGUUGAACUGAAGAAACCAGUUUUUUAUAUAUCCCCUUGGAGUUAACUACAUUAAGUGUCUACCACAUUAAAGGUGGCAAUUGCGAGAAGAAGAUAUGGCUCUGGCUAAUAUGCUACUACCUUUCCUAACAAUUACCUGUGCGGAAUUAUACCUGGCACAAGGAAACAGACACGCCGUGCACUGGAACAGUUCAAAUAUCCACCUCAGGAGAGAAGGCUACACCGUGGAGGUAAAUGUCAAUGACUACCUGGACAUCUACUGCCCUCACUAUAAUGACUCCUAUCCAGAGCACAAGAUGGAGCAGUACAUUUUGUACAUGGUCAGCUAUGAGGGUUAUCGAACUUGUGACCCUGCUUAUGGCUUCAAGCGCUGGGAGUGCAACCGACCCCAUGCACCACAUUCCCCCAUCAAGUUCUCGGAAAAGUUUCAGAGAUACAGCGCCUUCUCCCUUGGCUACGAAUUCCUUGGUGGCCAUGAGUACUACUACAUUUCAACACCCACCCAUCACCAUGGACGAGCCUGCCUAAAGAUGAAGGUGUUUGUUUGCUGUGCUACCACCUCUCAGUUGGAUGAGAAACUCCACCCCACUCCACCUGACUAUACGUUGAGACCAAACAUCAAGCUGGAAGAUCUUGAUAACUUCAAUCCAGAGAUCCCAAAACUGGAGAACAGUAUCAGUGGUAGCAGCCCAUCCAGAGAGCAUCUGUACGCCACUGUGGCAACACUCUUCUUGUUUGCGCUGUCUGUGUCCUAGCAGGCAUGAUUUGAGCCUCGUUUAAAAAAAAAAAUGCGAAAAAGAAAAAAAAAAAAA